AUGUCGCAACCCUUCACCUGUACAUGCGGCACCGAAACUUGUGUAGGUGAGAUACGGGGGGCGGGACAGAUGAAUGAGGUGGAUUUGCAGGGGAGAUGGUUGAGUGCGCAUGUUAGGAGGGGGUUGGAGGGGCGUGCGCAGGGGAGGGAGAGGGAAGGGGUGGAAGAGGGGGAGGGGAAGGGGGUUGGGGUUGGGGAUGAGAGGAUAGUAAAUAAAAAUGGAAAUGCAAAUGCAAAUGGCACGAAAAGCGCAAACGAGAACGUCAAAACACCAAUAACCCCAGAAAUCAAUCAAGAAGGUCAUAUAAAUGAAAGAAGAGGGGUGACGAGUAGGGAGAUGAGCGGGGAGAUGGGUGGUGAUACUUUGUAG